AUGCAGAAUAUCGUGAUGGGCCUGCGAGGCGUCCAGGUCGUCCUGGCCAUCAUCAUCCUCGGCCUGACUGGAUGGGCUGUCAACCGCACCCAGGGCUACUCCGACGAGACCAACUUCCUCCUCUUCGACGCCAUUUGGACGUUCCUCGUCGCCGUCCCCUUCCUCGUGCUCACGCCGCUCUAUCUGCAACAGUUCGCCCACAAGUACGCCCUCAUCGCCGUCGAGGCCAUCACGCUGCUGUUCUGGUUUGCCGGUUUCAUCGCCGUCGCGGCUAUACUGCCCCCGUCCGCGGCUUGCAGGCAUUCCUCCGUCUGCAAGGGCCUGCAGGCCGCGACGGUCUUUGGCGCAUUUGAAUGGCUCCUCUUUGUCGCCACGACUGUCCUCGUCGUUGUCCUUCCCCUGAUGCGAGGUGGUGGAGAUAGCACCCCCAAGCCCGAACCUGCCGUCGACAUGCAAGCGCAUCCCGGCGUAUAG